GCGCCGGCGCCUGCGCUGCGAGUGGUGGAGACUGUGCGGACGCAGCUCUGAUCCCUGCGACUGGCGAGGGCGGCAGAGAGACGUGAGCAGGGCGGCGCGUCCCUGCGUCCAGCAGGAAGGUCGCAGCAGGCGAAGCGCGGUGGGGAGACUGAUAAAGCGAGAACGCUGAGUGGCAGAGGCAGCGCACCGUCAGGCCGCGCCCGUGUGACGGCAAACAAAACGCCCGGUGUGGCGGCAGCGCCGAGUUGGCGGCGGAACGCCAGCCAGGAUGAAGCUCGUCACAUGCGGCACGCUUCUGGUCGCCGCUCUGCUGCUUGGGACGUGUGAACUGGGCUCGCUGCAGCUGGUGCGGUACCACCCUCCGCGCCUGAUGCCGCCCGCCAGCCGUGUCGUGCUCGGCCCCGGCGACACCCUGCGAGUGCGCUGCGAGGGCCGACACCCGGUCACGUGGAACUACACCUCGCUAGCGACGCCACCUGUGCCGGGAAGGGACAUUCCCGGCCUUGGGCCUCGGGCCGAAGGCGUGGACAUCGCGGAGAGGGUGACGGUCUCGGACGGAGACAGACAAGAUAACACCGAAUACCCCUUCGUGUCGCACAUAGAGAUUCGCGAUGUCACGUUCCUGGACGUGGGCUACCAGAGCUGUUCCUUCGUGGGCACCGAAGACCUGGACGUGGUACAGAACGUUACGCGUGUCUACCUCUUCGUUGAUGACCCGAAGCACCUGCUGGUGAAGACGUCGAAUCUCCAGUUCCUGACGGUGACACAAAACAUGGAGUCAGUCCUGCCGUGUCGACCCAGCCAUCCGGACGUCAAGGUCAUCCUGUUCAAGGACGGCAAGAAGAUCCAGGACCUGGCGUCGCGCUCUAUGAUCUACCGCAACACGGAGGGCUUCGUCAUCUACUCGCCGGUGCUGACGUACCACAACGGCGACUUCCUGUGCCAGGCGGAGCGGGCCGGCGCCAGGGACGAGCUGCGCAUCUUCACGCGGUUCAAUCCGUCCACGGACACAGUGCAGCAGCCGUGGAUCAACUCGGAGGGCGCGGAGAAUGCCGUGCUGGGCGGCAACUUUAGCCUCGAGUGUCGCGUUCACCACCAAGCCGGCAUGUUCCACACGCUCAGCUGGAGUGUACCCGACGCCAGCACCGGCAUCAAGACGGGCCGUAUCGUGCAGCUGGCCCAGAAGGUGGACAAGCCGGGGGACCGGAUCCCAGGCGCCCGGGACCCGAGCCUCAGUGCCCAGGACGUGCGCCGCCUGGUGGUCACCGACACGCGUGUCGAGGACGAGGGCUACUACACGUGCCACGUGCAGGAUCAGAACGGCCACAAGAACUUGCGUGAGGAGUUCGUGGCCAUUCACGACAACGCCGUCGCAACAGUGGAGCUGCGCACAGACACAACGAAGUUUGUGACUCAGGUUGGCGAAUCAGUCAAGAUUGUCGUUAUCAUUAACGCCCACCCAGCGCCAGAGGUCAUGUGGUACGGCCCCGACAAACAGGAAAUCGUCAACAUGCCCUUCAAGUCGACGGUGUCCGUGUUCCCGGACCAUACGAUCCUGCAGAUGCUGGAGCUGGGUCUGGAGGACACGGGCGAGUACCGCGUGGUCGCCUCCUCCGCCGACGGCAACGCCACCGACUCGCUCACCUUCGACGUCGCCGUCCAAGACGUGCCUCGGGUGGACGUGCGCUCGCCGCAGACGUACUUCCUGGCCGGCGCGAGGGCCGAGCUGGCCUGCGAGGUCACCGGCUGGCCAACGCCCGUCGUGAGCUGGAGCUUCGCCCCGUGCGACACCCCCGCCGCCUGCGACGCGGCAGAGUACCAGGCCGUGGAGAAAUCACAAAUGAACGCUGAAGAGGAGACCCGUAUCUCGCAGACGAAAUGGCGGGUUCAGAGUGCUCUGAAAGUCAUAGCUAUCAAAGCAGGAUACUACCAGUGCAGUGCUUCGAACAAGUUCCCUGUGCCUGCCAUAGCUAGCACACCAUUCUUUGUAUCAGACGUGGCCGGCGGGUUCGGAGUCCUGCCUACGCCGGCGCUGGUGGUGGUCGGAGACCGCCUGAACCUGACCUGCGCGGGCAGCAAGCUGGCCUUCGACAGCGUCCAGCGCUUCCGCUGGCUAAAGGCCGGCUCCGGGCCCAACCCGCCAGAUCCUGUAAUGGAGGGAGACGGGCUGCGGCUGGCGUCGCGGGAGACGGCCUUCUCCUACCAGAGCGUGCUGGUGUUGACGGAUGUCGGGCCCCAACACGCAGGCCGCUACCUCUGCCAGGCCACAGACCUGCUCGGCCGCACCAACACGUCGGAUCGGCUGGUGCAGGUCCAGGGCACGGCCAGCCCGCAGUUCAUGCUGGACGCCAACAUGGACAAGUCAGCGACCAUCACGCUGGAGGAGGGCACGCGAGGUGAACUGAACUGCACCGUCUCCGGCCUGCCGCCGCCAGAGGUCACCUGGACCAAGGACGGCGCACCGCUCGCACUGGACGAGAACGGGCGCGUGCGGCUGUCCGAAGACGGCCAGCGGCUGCUGAUCAGUGCUGCCAUCUCUGAUGACGCCGGAAACUACGAGUGCCGCGCCGCCAAUCGCGUGGGGGUGCUGCAGGGUUCAGCGGCCGUGUUGGUACCCGGUAGCGCUGCCAACCUGCUCGUCAUCAUCAUCGUCACCGUGGUGAUGGUGCUGAUCCUGAUCGCGCUGGCCACUUGCCUGGUCUGGAAGAUCCGUCAGCAGAAGAACUUGCAGCGGCGGCUAACGAAGACGGAGCUGGAGGCCUUCGCCAACGGCCGCAUGACGCAAUUCAACCCCAACAUGCCGAUCGACGAGCAGGCCGAGCUGCUGCCUUACGACGACGAGUGGGAAUUCCCCAAGGACAAGCUCAUACUCGGCCGGCAGAUUGGCUCGGGCGCGUUCGGGCGCGUAGUCAAGGCGGAGGCGGUGGGUCUGCUGCCGCACGAGCCGCGCACGGUCGUGGCCGUCAAGAUGCCCAAGUCCGGCUCCGACCCCAACCAAAUACGCUCGAUGAUGGCGGAGCUCAAGAUCAUGAUCCAGCUGGGCAAGCACCUGAACGUGGUCAACCUGCUGGGGGCCGUCACCAAACACGCCGAGGAGGGCGAGUUCAUGGUUCUCGUCGAGUACUGUCGCCAUGGUAACUUGCACCAGUACCUCCACCGGCACAAGAACUGCUACAUCAACCAGGUGGAUGCGAUUUCCGGCGAAUACGACGCCAGUCUCGGGGAGGAGGAGUACGAGGCGGCGCUCCUGUCCGGCGCCGUCAAUGAAAGAACGCCGCUUAACUACGUCGCCGGCGGCGGCGGCCUGGACCGGGUCGGAAGCCACCUGACGUGGACAUCCCACGACAGUCACUACAAGAGUCCACGCCGCAACAGCACCACUUCCAGCCUGGACAGCAGCGGCUUCAACACGGACAUGACGGGCGCCACGGUCUGCCACAGCCCGGCCGUCACCGGUUACGAGGACAGCCAGGGUGUGCCGCGCUCCAACACGGGCGUGAGCGUGCGCCAGCGGCGGACACCGCUCACAACACGUGACCUGCUGCGCUGGAGCUACCAGGUGGCGCGCGGCAUGGAGUACCUGGCCUCGCGCAAGCUGCUGCACGGCGACCUGGCGGCGCGCAACAUCCUGCUGGCCGAGAACAACAUCGUCAAGAUCUCCGACUUCGGCCUCUCCAGGGACAUCUACAAGACCAGGGACUACAAGAAGAAGGGCAAGGGUCUGCUGCCGGUCAAGUGGAUGGCGAUCGAGUCCAUCCAGGACAGCGUCUUCUCCACCCAGUCUGACGUGUGGGCGUUCGGCGUUGUCAUGUGGGAGUUCUUCUCACUCGGAUCGUCGCCCUACCCGGGCAUGGAGUACGACAUCAACUUCGUCAGGCGGCUGCGGGACGGCUACCGGAUGGAGAUGCCCAAGUUCUCGCCGCUCUCGGCCUACAACCUGAUGCUCGAGUGCUGGGCAGCCUCGCCCGGCGACCGGCCCAACUUCACCGAGAUCAGCGUCAAGCUCGGCCACUUCCUGGAGGAGCGCGUGCGAGAGGAGUACAUGCAACUAAACGAGCCGUACCGCAACCUAACGAGGAGUACUUCGCGCGUCGCACCGACUACGUGACGCAGAUCGUCAGCCCCGACUACCAGAACGUGACGCCGGCGGAGGACAGCGCGGGUGGUGCGGCGCCGGCUUACGUCAACGUUGACCCUCGCCGUCAGACGGCCGGCUACCGCGCCUCCGGCAAUGGAGAGAGCGGCGGCGGCGGUGGUGCGGCCAGGCCGGGCCCGGGCGGCUACCUCGAGAUGACGCCCGACGCCGGCCACAUCUUCUCGCCACGCCCGACGGCCGUGGUGAAGCCCGUCUCACGGUUCGACUUCGAGCCGCGGCCGGCCGCCGCGCCGGCCAACAGCGUCUACAACCCCGGCUACGACGACACGACCAAGGUGCCGUCCACACCCAAGAUGGGCACAAGGGCGAGCCGGAGCUCGCGGCCGGGCACCGCGCGGACGGCGCCCCGCGAAGACGAAGACCACUACCUGGCGCCGCGCGAGGACGAGGAUCACUACCUGGCGCCGCGCGAGGACGAGGACCAUUGCCUGGCGCCAGUGGAGGACGCCGAUCACUACCUGGUCCCGCGGGACUUCGGGAGGAGCAGCGCGGUCUGAGCGCCCGCGGUCUGAGUGAGCGGCACCGUUUCCACCCCGUCGCUGGGGGCUACGCUGACGGUGAUUGAGCUGCACGGAGCCACCGCUGGGCGGCAGCUUCUCAGGCUGUCGUGUGGGGCUCCUCGCCGCGGCGCGUCGCGUCGCGACAGGGCGUUACUGCCGGUAUGUGCGGCCGUGCCGGACGCGUCCGGGGCCGACGGGCCGCCGUCGGAGCGAUCUCCAGUGUCGACGCCCGGGGGCGAGCGAGGCGUCCUGAGAGCCGAUGUUGGACUAGGGCUGCGGGACGGCGGGCGACGGCAGGCCGUCCCAGCGUCGCACACUGGGCCCGUACCCACGGCGCGGCGGACUCCGGUACCUCGUCUGUCUUGUCACGCAGCGGCACGGCUGGCCAGCUGCUGUCUCUGUCCGAGCAGUCGGAGCCGCGUCCCAAACACAGAGAAACGCGAGCGGGCGGGCACGAGGACGGAACACGCGACAUCAUCCUCGCUGCGCCAGUGGCGGGCCUGAGCGGCAGGCGUGGGCGCGAAUCCGGAUUUACACCCCGGAUGACGCUGUGCCGAUCAUUUACACUCCGCAUGAUGCUGUGUGCACCAUUUGCACCUCGGAUGGGACUGAGUCGAUCAUUUACACCCCGGAUGGGACUGAGUCGAUCAGGCCUCUGGCUGGGUUGGCCCCGUGCUCCCGUGCAGCCGUUCGUGUUCAAGUUGGCAUCGUGCUGAUGAUGAGCAGGUGGCUGGAUGUGCGCUGCGGUUGAGUGGUUAAAUCAUUGUUUCUCAUAUCACUGCCGCGGGUCGCAGAGGAUAGUGCAGCGCCCUGGCUUUGCCAUUGGGCAGUGUGCAAGGCGACGGGAGCUUUGUGCAAGGUUCAAUGUUAAAGUAUGUGGAGCAUGGUCAGCGAUCGAAGUCACCGGUCACGACGCGUGACCUUUGUCCCUGGAGCGGUCAGAAAUCCGAGCCCAGCGCAGCCUACCCUCGCGGGCCCCCGGCCGGUCGCUUCCACCCACUGACAACAGCAGGAGGGGGGGACAGCACGGAUGGGACGAGAACAAUAGCAUCGACUUAUAAGGCUUUAAGCCACGGAUUUUCCGUUAGCGGAGAUUCCACAUGAAGAUAUUGGCAACGUGCUGCUAGCUUAUGUUGUACCGGAAACGGAACACCCGCGCGUACAGCGCUGCUAAACGCUGAGCAUGUGAUGCGUAUAUUUGUGAAAAGACCGCACCGAUGUGUAUGUUUAUGCAAUGAUCGUAACCUUACAUUGUAUUUUGUGCCAUUUCAUCGUGCUCAUGCCAUUUUAUUGUUUCGCUCUUGUAUUUUAUGCGUGAACCGCGAAGGAUGGAUUAUACAUUUUUUAUGUGAUGUAACA